AUGACUCCAAAGCCUGAUGGGGAGGACCUGCCUCUGCAGCAGACAGACUCGAACGCGAGUGCCGUCCCCGACCUUCCGCCGCCGCCGAACCCUUCUUCCGAUCCGCGAUUGAGCGUUGCCGACUGCGAUAGCCCACCGAAUGUCCCCGAAAACACCGAUGUCUUCAAGUUAUCGCCUAGGGCGGCGAUGAAGCUCUUGAGUGGUGGAAUCGAGGCUCUCGUGAAGAUAACAGGCGAUAUUCCUCCGACACCACCACCCACAAGCCCGACACUACCCAAUAUGAGAGGAAUGGCGGCAGAGAAGGAGCUCAUUCGCACGAGCUCACAAAAGAACCUGGCUCGCAUGCGCAAGGAGGCCGAGGCUGCAGCCGCCGCUUCAGCCGGCUCGAGUAGCUCAACACCACAAUUAAUAGACGGUGUCCAUCUGCGGCAGACACAAUCACCGACACCACCAUCGCCACCGAAAGCACCCGAACCACAUAUAAUAAUUGGGGAGAACUCGCAGCCGAUUAAUCUUCAGCAUAGUGCAAUCACGCGCAAGUUCUACUCUAAGAAACCGCCGCCCAUUGGUAUCGACGAAUAUCUAGCGCGAAUCCACCAAUGGUGCCCGAUGAGCACUGCCGUGUACCUUGCUACUAGCCUGUAUAUCCACCGCUUAGCUGUUGACGAACGAGCGAUUCCUGUGACGCGGCGAAAUGCGCAUCGACUGGUUCUAGCGGGACUUCGAGUGGCAAUGAAGGCGUUGGAAGACCUCAGCUACCCGCACAGCAAGAUUGCCAAAGUUGGAGGCGUCAGCGACGUCGAGUUGGCGCGCUUGGAGAUUAGUUUUUGCUUCCUGGCGAACUUUGAGCUGGUGGUCAGAGAAGAUACGCUGAAGAAGCACUGGGAGGUUCUAAAGCAGGAGCAGCCAUUGAGGCUCAUGCAUCCCAGCCUACCGAAUUUGUCGUUGAACAGGAAGCCUAGAGAGUCGGCGCACUCCGGGCAGGAAAACCAAUGGAAAUGA